AUGCCGCGCGCAUGCAGCGGCAGCGACGAGGACGAGACGUUUGCCGGGCCGUUCAGGCCGGACCUGGCGAAGGUGCAGGCGAAGCUGCGCAACCUGCCGACUCUGGAGCGGCUGCUGGCGGAGAAGGACCCGCACGUGUACGCCGAGGAGGAAAUGGAGACUGCAAGGAUCUUCAUCGAGGCCAUUGCGCAGGCGCGGCCGUCGUCGGCGCAAGAGAUUGAGCAGCUGCUGCGGAAGCUGAUGAAGAAACACCGCGUGGUGGCGAAGAAGUCACUGCUGCUCGCCGCCUAUCGCAGGUGGCUGCAGGCGGAGGCGGGGCGCGGCGGCAGCGCGGCGCUGGAGCGCUACCUUGUCUCCAAAACCCCCCGAAGUCAGUCGGGCGUCCUCGUCGUCACCGUCUUCACCUCGCCGUACCCGGAGGGGCAGAGGUUCAGCUGCAAGUGGAACUGCUACUACUGCCCGAAUGAGCCGGGGCAGCCACGCAGUUACUUGCUCAACGAGCCCGGGGUGCGGCGCGCCAACCGGCUCGCGUUUGACGCCUACACGCAGUUCCAGGACCGCGUGAACUCGCUUGUGGCGAUUGGGCACCCCGCCGACAAGGUGGAGCUGCUUGUCCUCGGUGGGACGUGGGAAAGCUACCCGCUCACGUACCGCGAGUCGUUUAUCCGCGACCUCUUCUACGCCGCGAACACGAUGCAUGACGGCAGCGAGGGCGGUGGUGACGCCAACGGUGAUGCCACGGCACCGCAGCCGCGUCCCUCGCGGCCUCCACUGGACCUGAUGCAGGAGCAGAUGCUGAACGAAACCGCCAGAUGCAAGAUCAUCGGCGUCACGCUGGAAACGCGGCCGGACACGGUGAACGAGGAAAUGCUGCAACAGCUACGGCGAUUCGGUUGCACGCGGGUUCAGCUUGGUGUGCAGCACACCGACGAUGCCGUGUUGUUGGCGGUCAAUCGACAGUCCACGCGGGAGGAGGCGGUGCGUGCUAUCAAGCUCCUCAAAGACAGCUGCUUUAAGGUCGACAUUCAUCUCAUGCCGGACCUACCAGGUUCAACGCCGGCGGGAGACAAGGCGAUGUUUGACGACGUCCUCUACUCCGCCGAUCUGCAGGCCGAUCAGUGGAAGAUUUACCCCUGCCAGACAACACCCUUCACAGUGAUUGAGCAGUGGUUCAAGGAAGGGAAGUACCAGCCCUACGGCCUGGACAACCUCAUCGAGGUCAUACUGCACGCAAAGCGUCGCGUGCAGCCGUGGGUGCGGCUAAACCGCGUCAUACGCGACAUUCCCCAUGACUACAUUCUUGGUGGUGUGGAGGUGUCUAACCUGCGGCAACUGCUCGCGGCGCAGCUUCAGCGAGAGGGCUCGCGUUGCCAGUGCAUUCGCUGUCGCGAGGUCAAGACGGACGCUGCGGCGGCAGAAAAACUCGAGGAAGCAACGCUGGUGGAGCGCCGCUACGCCGCCAGUGAGGGGGAGGAAGUGUUCGUGUCGUACGAGACCGUGGACGGCUUGACGCUCUUUGGGUUUCUGCGGCUGAGGCUGCACAUUCAGAACUGGGUGACUCCGUUUGACGAGCUUCGGUCGUGUGCGCUGAUCCGCGAGCUGCACGUGUAUGGGCGCCUGGUGCCAACCCACAAGGAGGGUGACGCGGCGAAGGCCCAACACCGCGGCGUGGGGGCGUUGCUGCUGGAGCGGGCCGAGAGCAUCGCCCGCGCGGCGGGGUACGGCAAGAUCGCCGUCAUCAGCGGCGUCGGGGUGCGCAACUACUACCGCCGCAAAGGGUACGCCAUGGUGACGCGUCCGAGCUGCGGGGCCUUCCUUGUGAAGGAGCUGCAGGUAAUAACUAACACAGAGGCCAAGGGGGAGGCGGCGGCGACACACGGGCGUGCAGAGGGCCAGCGCGGGGGUGGCGCGGUGCCGGCGGGGGCGGAAUCUGCCCCCACAUCGCAUGCGGCAGAAGGGGCCGCGCGGGGCGGCGGUGGCUGGUGGCGAUACAUCAAUGCCCUCUGGGGCCGCUGGAAGCGGCCACGGGAGGCGGAGUGA